AUGACUGUCCGUUCCUUUGUUAAAAAUGCAGUCAGUGCUUCUUCUCGACCCAUUAAAAGAAGAGCUCGUAUGGCUUUAUCCUGUCAGAGAUGUCGAAAACAUCGUUCGAAAUGCUCAAGGUCAAGGCCAAGCUGCGAGCAAUGCAAUAUUGCUGGAGUGACAUGUGUGUAUUUGGAAGUUCCCGGUGAUUUAGAAAGUACGGCGCUAAGAGACCGGUUUGCAGGACUUGAAAACCAGAUUCAUUCAGUCAUUGAUGAGUUCAGUCGAUUAGAGUCUAUCUUUCGCACGGUCACUCAACCAAACGACAUUCAAACUCGUUCUCUUCAGCGCUGGACCAUUUAUCAUUCGGAAGCUGGUCUCUCGAUUGAUACACACAUGUUUCAUGUUACGGAUAUCUAUUCGACUCUGAUACGAUUUGCUCAGGAUAAUACUGUACUCUAUACACCUCCGGAGAAAAAACCUGUGUGGCUGAUAAGGAACCAUUCGAUAUUCCCACAUGUUCGUCUAAGUCAUUUUACUAGCUUACGACCCAAUGUUCAUGAUGGAGAAGAUGAUGAAGAUGAUCAGAGUACGACAAGCAGUCAGUUACUUGAAGAUGAUGGAGAAGACGACAUGAAUCUGCCUACUCCUCUGCCACCAGCCCUUGUUCAUCGACUGAUAUCACUUUACAAGACAUGUUUGCUCUAUGGCGCUGUUCAACCCUUUGAUACUCUCUUCUCUCAUAUAUUGAUCAACACCGAUUAUACCUGCUUACCACCUGCCUUUCAGCUCCUGUAUGCAUCCAUCAUCUGCCAUAUGCUCCCACAUGCAUACUACUGGCAUCCCGAAAUAUUCGAAAACACAAUGGACGAAGCAAACUGUACACGGCUGUCAGUGCAAUAUUACAAGUGGGCCAAACGUCUAUUGUCAGGAAUGUAUUUUGAUUUGCCCUGUUUGAUGACAUGCCACGCGAUAUGUAACCUUGUCUUGUAUCACAUCGAAAACGGAAACACAUCUGUUGUCUAUCUGUACUCAGGCAUGGCUGUCCGCAUGGCUCUUUCACUCCAGCUCUAUCGAGAGGAUUCCCUCGAGAUAAUUGCGGAGAAUCAAGCGGCGAUGUUCCCCACAGAAGAACCUGAUGUCCAAGUCGUCAAGGAAUACGCACGGUCACUGCUCUGGUUUAUGUACUUUCUUGACACCGCUUCCUCCCAUUACCAUAACAAGCCAUACGAGAUUCAUUUGGAUGAUCACGUGAGUACAACAACUUACUUUAAAAAGAACUUUAUGGAUCACCAAGCGUUUUUCCAAUGGAUUGAAUUCCACACCUGUCAAAUCACACGAGACAUUCGUCGUACGAUCUUUACACACACUGAAGAAGUGCAGACGAGUUAUGAAGCGAUCGAGCGAAUAGAGAAACGACUGCUUGAUUUUCAAAAGGAACUCCCGCCUUUAUCUGCCCUGACAGCAUCAGACAGCAUCUGGUACCAACGAUGCAUCUAUAAACAAUGGAUCCGACAUCACGGACAUUGGAUCUUGAUUCAUCAAAGUUAUCUACCAACACCCAUGUCCCUGCAGAGGUGUACUGCCGCAGCCUUUGCUCUUGUCGAACUUUUUGAUGCCUGGAUUGUUCAAGUCGAUUGUUACUUUAGACCCUGCGUACAUGAACUCAAACAGGCAUGUGAAAUCUUGUUAUAUCAUGUAUCUCAGAAUACACCCAUCAAGGCCAAGGCUCUCGAAGGACUCAUUCGACUGGUCAAGGUACUGUUAAGAACACCAGUAGGCGAGAUUGCAAAGACAAGGCCGUUUGUUCAACGCGUGAUGAGAGCGGUACAAAGUAAUAAUCUUUCGUUAUUUACCUGCUAA